CAGAACAGACUCACAGACUUUUCUUUUUCUAGAGACAACAAACAAAUAACACCACCACCAUCUCUCUCUCUCUACACCACAUUUCCAAGCUAAAAGUCACAACAUUUUUCGGCUCCUGAUCUCUGUAUUGCUUCUUCUGAUUGAGGUGUUUUCUAUCUUUUUCUUUCUUUCUUGAGUUUGAGGCUGUGAAGGAAGGAUUUGAGCUGAAAAAGAAUUUGGAGACACAAUGUCACGAGGUGGUACACAGAGCAGUAUAAGAAAAACUCUCGGUGCUCUCAAGGACUCCACGACUGUUAGUUUGGCGAAAAUAAACAGCGAUUACAAGGAGUUGGACAUUGCCAUUGUUAAGGCAACAAACCAUGUUGAACGCCCUGCAAAAGAGAGGCAUAUUAAAGCCGUCUUUGCUGCUGUAUCGGCCACCAGGCCUCGAGCUGAUGUCGCCUAUUGUAUACAUGCCCUUGCAAGAAGACUGGCAAAGACUCAUAAUUGGGCGGUUGCCUUGAAGACUCUAAUUGUUAUACAUCGUGCGUUAAGAGAGGUGGACCCGACAUUCCAGGAUGAAAUCAUUAAUUAUGGUAGGAGCAGAGGUCAUAUGCUUAACUUAGCCCACUUCAAGGAUGACUCCAGCCCUAAUGCUUGGGAUUAUUCUGCUUGGGUACGCUGUUAUGCUCUAUUUUUGGAGGAGAGGAUGGAAUGUUACCGAGUAUUAAAAUACGACAUAGAAACAGACCGUCCGAGAACAAAAGAUCUCGACACUCCGGACCUACUUGAGCAUUUACCAGCUCUGCAGCAACUUCUUCAUCGUGUGAUUGGCUGUCAGCCACAAGGAGCAGCUCUUCAUAAUUUCAUCAUUCAAUUAGCGCUUUCCAUGGUUGCUUCAGAAAGCAUAAAAAUUUACAGUGCAAUAAGUGAUGGUAUAGUUAACUUGGUUGACAAGUUCUUCGAGAUGCAAAGGCACGACGCUCUUAAAGCCUUGGAUAUAUAUCGAAGGGCUGGAAAUCAGGCGGAGAGAUUGUCAGAAUUCUAUGAAAUAUGUAAAAAUCUUGAUGUUGGGAGUGGAGAGCGAUUUAUCAAGAUUGAACAGCCACCAGCAUCAUUUCUGCAAACUAUGGAAGAGUAUGUUCGAGAAGCACCACGCGCUUCCACUGUCCGCAAAGAUCUGGGUGACGAUAAGCCUAAGGCAAUUUUGGCUAUUGAGUACAAAACGAGUUCAGAGGUAAAAGACGAGCAUCUGCAGUCGCCACCUCCAGCUGAACCAGAACCAGAACCAGAACCAGUCAAAGUGGAGGCUCCAGCUUCUGAACCACCGCCCGAUUUGCUGGGCCUGAACGAGCCAGCUCCUGCUGCAACUGAGCUGGAUGAGAGAAAUUCUCUGGCUUUGGCCAUUGUUACUACUGAACAACCAGCCUCAACCGGACCAAACCUCUCAAAUGGAGUAUCAGGCUGGGAGCUAGCACUUGUUACAGCACCAAGCUCCAAUGAUACUGCUGCUGCAACGAGCAAACUGGCUGGAGGGCUGGACAUGCUCACGCUAGACAGUCUAUAUGACGACGCAAUCAGACAAAACAACCAGAGUCGCCAGGCAGCGAGCUACAACCCGUGGGAGCAAGGCACGAUGGGGAACUCCAAGAUGGCACACGACCCAUUCUAUGCGUCCAAUGAAGUGGCUGCACCAACAAACGUACAGAUGUCAAACCAGCCGAAUCCGUUCAUGUUCCAGCCGCAGCAGCAGAUGAUGAUGAUGGGGCCGCAUCAACCCUUGAACCCGUACAUGACCGGGGUCCAGCCCCACCCUUAUGGCACAGGUAUGCCGGCUCAAGCAUACAAUCCUUAUUCAGGCCUCAUUUGAAAAAAAAAACUAUCAUAUUCAUUUGUUGGAAAUACUAGGAUUAUAAGAUGGUUAGCUCUCUUGAUUAUUAUUAUUAUAAUAUGUAUUGGAGAUAGAUAUGGUUGUUUGUAUCAUAUGUUGUGCGGGUGAAAUAGUUUAGAUCAAAAUUCAUUCUUGAACAAUCAAGUAAGUAUAUAAUCAUUUUGUAUUCUUUAGAGUUGCAUAAAAUUUAUAGACCGUGUUGGUCGGGAGGAAUGUAUUUGUUGCUGAUGGAAGUUGAUUGGAGCAGUUGAUUUUUUUUUUGUUUA